AUGUCCGUCAAUGACCGUCGCGCUAGCUACAUGAGCGCUCCGCGACCCCGCGUUGUCUCCAAUCGCGUCGAUGCCGACAAGCCCAGUCGCGGUGCCGCACCGCCGCAACAAGUGGACUUGAAGGAUCCCCUUCGUACGAGCACUUCGAGUCAGAAACAGCGAGUCUCCCGAGACCAAAAGACCAUGUCGGAGAAACGUACAGAGCGAACUGUGAUUACAACCAGGGAAAAGGCUGUGCGGAGGAACCCAGCCAAGGAGUCGGAAUGGGAUAAAUCAAGAACCAAGAAGAACAGCCACGCAGAUGUGACAAGUCCAGCCGGGAAAAGAAAAGAAAAAGAAGGGACUGACGCACCAUGGGAUCCCCAUGCCUCACUUGUUCCUCACUCCUCCGCUCCGCUUGCAUGCCGUGUAUCAGUUCCUCCGUUGGCCUCGACCGCUCCGCAGACAUUAUACCCGCGCCCAUUUCCAGAACUUUCAUCCGAUGCACAAGAAGCCGCAAUCUUAGAGGAUCUCUUGUUCGUGUUUAUGGGCUUCGAAGGACAAUACAUUCACUAUCACAGCUCAUAUGAUCCUUCUGCCGAGAAGGGCCGCUUGACUGGCCCGAUCUUCCAACUAGCCCCGGGCUUGGAUCCAACUCUACGUGACCUGACCCAAUCUAUGUUGAAGAUGGCGACACAUUACAGUGCCAUGGAGGCGUUUGUUGAGUUCCAAAGCCGCGCGGAGUACGGAGCUGUUAGCCAUGCACUCUGCGCAUCGAUUCGCAAAAUUCUUAAGGACUAUCUGAUUCUUAUCGCUCAGUUGGAAGGCCAGCUGCUGAAUAACCCCACAUUCACCCUGCACCAACUCCAUCUUCAUACUAUGUCAACCAGUCAGUGCCUGGCGCAGCUCUACUCUCUGGGCCAAGAACUUCUGCGGCGUAAUGGAUUACUGGACCAAGAUCUGGACGAAUCGAUCGACGACUUCGACGACGUCGAUAAUAUUCUCGAGCAGCUCAAAGAAGGAGGUGACUUGGUGCCAGGUGCCAUGGCCAGCAAGAAAAUAUGCAAAGGAGGCAAUGUCUUGAGACUAUUGACAGAACGUCUGGCUACUUUCUCAGGCGACCCGACUACCAAGACUCUUGUCCAAACGUUAUUGAGAGAUGCCAGCCGACCAUAUAUGAACAUGCUCAAUGAAUGGCUACACCAUGGUGUCAUUAAAGACCCACAUGCUGAAUUUCUAGUCAAAGAGCAGAAAUGGAUCCGACGAGAGAAACUUGAGGAAGACUACACCGAUGAAUACUGGGAGAAACGUUAUACGAUUCGCGAGAACGAGAUACCGCCUCAGCUUGACAGUGUUCGGGAUAAGGUUCUUCUGGCAGGAAAAUAUCUGAACGUUGUACGAGAAUGCGGCGGAGUUGAUGUCAGCAAAGCUGUCAAAGAUGUCCCGAAAACGCUCGAUGACCCGCGCUUUCUCGACAAUGUCAAUGCCGCCUACACAUAUGCCAAUGCCUCCUUGCUCAAUCUCCUCCUGACAAAAAACUCUCUCACGACGCGAUUCCGAUCCCUCAAACACUAUUUCUUCCUCGACCGAUCGGAUUUCUUUUCUUAUUUCCUUGAACUCAGCACCUCCGAGUUGCGUAAGCCCGCUCGGGUUGUUAACGAAGGCAAACUCCAAUCCCUGCUAGAUCUUGUUCUUCGGCAGCCAGGCAGUAUUGCUGCACAGGACCCAUUCAAGGAAGAUGUGAAGGUGCGGAUGAACAAAAUUGGCCUCACUAAAUGGCUGAUGCAGGUUGUGAGUGUAUCAGGUAUUGACCAGGAUCAUCCGGAGGCGGCGCUAGAGAAGCAACAAGCGUCUGCCGCACAGGCUGCGGAUGAUGAGAAAGACAUUGUUGGGUUCGAUGCACUGGAGCUGGAUUACUCAGUGCCAUUCCCGCUUUCGCUGGUCAUCAGUCGCAAGACCGUUCUCAGAUAUCAGUUGAUCUUCCGUCAUCUUCUGUCCCUGCGCCACCUCGAAACGUUGCUGGUGACAUCCUGGGAGGACCAGAAUAAAGUGACAAGCUGGCGGCACAAAUCCUCGGACCGACGACUGGAGAUGUGGAAGCGGCGCGCAUGGAACCUGCGGGCUAAGAUGUUGGUGUUUGUUCAGCAAUUGUUAUACUUUUGCACAGCCGAAGUUAUCGAGCCUAAUUGGGUUGGUUUGAUGGAUCGUGUCAAUGGCGCCGACGCAAAUGGGUCUGAGGUCCUUGUCAAUGGCACGAAGCAAGUGAAUCGGACGGUGGACGAGCUUAUGCAGGACCACGUGGAUUUCUUAGACACUUGUCUCAAGGAAUGCAUGCUCACGCAGGCCAAGCUGCUGAAGAUCCAUUCUAAGCUCAUGACUUGCUGCACCAUGUUUGCAUCCUGGACAGCCGCCUCUCUGGCGCGAGCACUCGCUAUGGCCGACCCUGACUUAUCUGGCGACCAAGCAGCAGGGACUGAGACUCGCCCGUUUGAUCCCACACGCAUUGUGAAGCUUGAGGACACGCUAAAAAGAUACGAAGACCAUUUCAAUCGACAUCUGCGGAUUCUGAUGGAUAGCUUGAACUAUUUUGCUGCGACCGAGAGUGUAGUCUUGCUCAAACUGGCGCACUCCCUUAGCUCCAUCAGUAAAGAGGAUUGA